UAUAAAUACUAUUCAUUUUCACACGUUAAUCUCAAAGUUCGUCCAUGAGGAUUAUAUUCUGCCGGUGUUAUAAACUAGCAACGUACUUUUCCUAAUUUUCCUAAUAAUAUUAAAUCCCCUUUUCCUAACCUUCGCGAUGAUUUCCGAGAAUCUCGUUCAUCGAGGAUCUCUUGAACCUCCUCAAAUCAUCCCCCAGGACUUCCUUUCCAAUUCCUCGACAUUUAGUAAGAAGCGUCAGUUUGAUUCUGCAUUGAAUUGCGACAAUCCGCCGGCUAAAAAGCCUCGAUCCUGUCAUUGUCCGGAACAAUCUAUCUCGAAUGUCAUAUUCCAUAAAUCUGACAACUGCCAUGGAAGUUCCGUAUUAACGUGGCUGGAGUCUAUGAUUGAACCCAGCGACUCCCUUCAAGAACGAAACGUACCAUCCGACUCCUUCCAAGAUCCAGAUCUACAAUCUAUCCCCGAUUCGACAAAAGAGUUCCUCGCGAUGCUUUCCAAUCCCUCCAGGAAGGGCGGCUCUAUUAUUACCGCGCAGACCUCGAAGACAUCCAACGAGAACGCUACUAGUUCUCCUAUAUACCGAAAGCUGAACCUUGCUACAAAUGGGAUCAAUGUAUUGUCUGAAGUGGAGUGCGAUCUUCGCAAUAGCAAAGAAGACAGUCGAUUCCCUGCUUGGGUUCAGCACGUUGUUACUUGCGUCGAGUCCGAUCCAUCAACCCCAAUAAUGAAGAUGCAUGACGAUGUUCUAGAACACAACUACAAAAAACUACAUCAUUUAUUACACGACCCCCAAAUACUCUUCAUCGAGGAAACUGUCAAGAAAAGUUUGUCUUCUUGCAUUGACCCUUUGGCGCUUAACCGGCUAGGGAACUAUGUCCAGACAUUGUCUGAAGCUAGUUGUGAACACUUCACUGCGUUGGCAAUGGCUAACAGUCCCUUCUUACGAAAACAUGCUCUUAUAAAGCCUAUACCUGAUCAAGCCUUCGGAUAUCAAGCCUCCUCAUUCCCAAAAUUUGAACUAGAUCUAUGGGAACGUUCGAAUGUAUUGCAAUCCAAUGCUAGCGGGCUUUUAUUUCCUUACUUGAUCGUGGAAUACAAGCCAAUGGGCGGCAAUCUAUGGCAUGCCGCAAACCAAUGUAUAGGUGGUUUAGCAGUGUCCCUAAACCAAACCGAAAGAGUAGUUGGUGAUGAACAAGCCGUCUUCGGCUUGUGCAUGAACGAUCAGGUCGCGGAUAUCUACAUUAUGUGGUCGAUCCCACAUACUGACGAGAAUUUCAAGCGAAACUACCUUGUGUAUAAGCUGGAUAGCAUCGUUUUAUCCAAGAAGGAUCAGUUCAAGCGGCUUUGGAAGAUUUUAAUUAACAUCCAUGAAUGGGCAGCAACGACUAGGUUAAAAGACAUCGACCAUAAAUUGGGCCAUUACUUAGCCAAGUCGGAUGUGCUUAUUCCGUUAAUCACUUUUAGCACGUUUAAUACAAUUAUUUAUUAAAAUAAUGCGGACGUUUUAUUUUUUAACUUUUAAUAUUCGAUAUUUUUUAAUUUUAAAUAAUAAACUUUAAUUAUAAUAUUAUAAAUAA